AUGGAUUUUGAUUCUCCUCUCUUCCUAAAUCACAACCUUAACUUGUUCACUGAAAAUUCCUCCGUUUCUGGAGACCCUUUUUCCUGGGAUUACGAUUUCGUUUUCUUCAACGAUGACAACAAUACCCUUCCACUGAACUUCAGUGAGAACCACUCACAGUCUCAACAGACCAAGGAAUCAUCCUCCGCAUCAAACUCUUCUCUGGGUAGCGUUGAGUCACAAGAAGUCUCUUCUAACACAAACUACGCACACAUGAGCGAAACACGUGUGCCAUCCGCUUCAGAGUCACAAGCACCAAAGGAGAGCAGGGUGUACAGGGGAGUGAGGAAGAGACCGUGGGGGAAAUUCGCGGCAGAGAUAAGAGAUUCCACGAGAAACGGGGUUCGAGUGUGGAUUGGAACGUUUGACACAGCUGAAGAUGCAGCUUUGGCAUAUGACCAAGCAGCGUUCUCCACAAGGGGUUCUCUUGCUGUGCUGAAUUUUCCAGAGGAAGUGGUGAAGGCGUCACUGAGAGAGAUGCAGAGUAAGCCUUGGGAAGAGGGUUCUUCCCCUGUUUUGGCACUCAAGAGGAAACACACCAUGAGAAGAAAGUCCACGAAGCCCAGUAAGAAGAAAACGAAAAGGGAUGAAUUGGAAUUGAGCAGUUCAGAAAAUGUGCUGGUGUUGGAGGAUUUGGGUGCUGAAUAUCUAGAACAACUUUUGAGUUUGACUUCGUAG